AUGAGUAUCUUUUCAAUCUCAUUCCUUUUCUUAUCUCAAUCCAAGAGUUCUUUCUUCUCUAUCAUUGGAGAGUAUCUAAAUAUCCAAACACUAUUACACUCUUGCAACAUUUUCUCACUCUUACUAUGGUUUAUGUUAAUAACAUCUAUAUUAACCUUUUACCUAAAGAAAUGCUCAAAAAACGUAUAUCUAGUAGAUUUUGCAUGUUAUAAACCUUUUCCUAAAACCAUUUGUAGUAAGGAUUUGUUUAUAGAAAAAUCAAAAUGUGGAGGGCAUUUCAAAGAUGAGAGCAUAGAUUUUCAAAGGAAAAUCAUGAAUAGAUCUGGAUUUGGUGAUAAAACUUAUGUGCCAGAAUCUUUAUUGGUAAUUCCUCCAAAUAUUUGUAUGAUGGAAGCAAGGAAAGAGACAGAAUCAGUGAUUUUUGGUGCUAUUGAUGAGCUUUUGUUGAAGACAAAAAUGAAGGUUGAAGAUAUUGAUAUUCUUAUAACAAAUUGUUGUAUUUUUAAUCCUUCACCUUCACUAAGUGCUAUGGUUGUUAACCAUUAUAAACUUAAGGAUCGAAUUUUGUGUUAUAAUUUAAGUGGUAUGGGUUGUAGUGCUGGACUCAUAGCUAUUGACCUUGCCAAACAGCUCCUACAGGUUCAUCCAAACUCAUAUGCGUUAGUAGUGAGCACAGAAAACAUCAACAGUGGAUGGUACUUAGGAAACAACAGAUCAAUGCUUGUAUCAAAUUGUCUAUUUCGUGUAGGUGGUGCAGCAAUCUUACUCUCAAACAUUUCCUCAGAUUAUCAGCGUUCAAAGUAUCACCUUAAACACACUGUUCGUACACACAAAGGUUCGCAAGACAGUUGCUACAAUUCAAUCCUUCAAAGAGAAGAUGAAACAAACAAUAUCACAGGAAUAUCACUUUCAAAAGACCUAAUGGGUGCAGCAGGUUUUGCACUCAAAGCAAACAUCAUAACACUUGGAAAAUCUGUUCUACCUUUGUUAGAACAGUUAAAAUAUGCUUUAUCUUUUGUAGCUAAAAAGUGCUUUAACAAGAAUGUGAAGGUUUAUACACCUGAUUUUAAGUUGUGUUUUGAGCACUUUUGUAUUCAUACUGGUGGAAAAGCGGUUCAAGAUGAGAUACAGAAAGUUCUUGGAUUAAGUGAUUGGCAAAUUGAGCCUUCAAGGAUGACACUUUAUAGAUAUGGAAAUACUUCAAGUAGUUCUGUUUGGUAUGUUUUGGCUUAUUGUGAAGCUAAGGGGAGAAUAAGAAAAGGUGAUAGGGUUUGGCAAAUUGCAUUUGGUUCUGGAUUUAAGUGUAAUACUGCUGUUUGGCGUGCAUUAAGGAAUGUUGAUCCAAUUAAGGAGAUAAAUCCUUGGAAUGAUGAGGUUCAUGAUUUUCCUUGUGAUGUUUCAAUUUGA